AUGUCCGAGACCCUGCAGCUGCCUGCGCUGCAGAUCCAAGGCCCGGGCGAUGGGGAUCCGAGGAUUUGCAAUGGAUCCGAGGGGUAUCCGGCCCUGUCCAGCUCAUCCAGCCCAUCGCUACGUCGCAAGCGCUUUAAAAUGCGACGUAUGAAGAACGUUUGUAGCGAAAAAGAGCAGCUGGAGAAGGAACAGCUUCAGCGAUCCUCAUCCAAGGAAUACUUGCAGCUUCCAUCCAUCGAAAUCACUCCAUCAAGUGACGAGGAUGCUACGUGGUCAAGAUGUUCCACGCCCAGUGCCUCGCCCCAACGCAAACGUUUCCUCUUACGCAAGUGGCUCAGAGGUGGCGAGAAAAAAGAGCAUGGCAGUGAGAGCAGUCAGCAGAGCAGCCUGCAGAGCAGCCAUGAGGAAGAGUCCACACGCUACCUGAGCCCCUAUAUCCGUGAGGACAGCACUGCCAGUAACUCGAACCGCAGCACGCCGGCCUGUUCACCCGUCCUGCGUAAACGCUCGCGCUCCCCAACGUCCCAGAGUCCAGAGGGAGAGAACAUGGUGGAGAAGAGCUCAGAUCAUUCCUCCGACAAAUCCACCCCAGAACAAGCCGCUCAUCGCACACACAGCCAGACGCUUCACACCACCCGCCCUGGCGGCAAAAACUCCAAGUCACACAAGAGACUGUCUAAAAAAAGUCAAAGCUGGUAUAACGUUUUGAGCCCCACAUACAAGCAGCGAAAUGAAGACUUCCGGAAGCUCUUUAAGCAGCUGCCUGACACGGAGCGUCUCAUUGUGGACUACUCCUGUGCACUGCAGAGAGAUAUUCUCCUGCAGGGUCGCCUCUACCUCUCCGAAAACUGGAUCUGUUUCUAUAGCAACAUCUUCCGCUGGGAAACGCUGCUGACUGUGAGGUUGAAAGAUGUCUGCUCCAUGACAAAAGAGAAGACAGCAAGACUCAUCCCCAAUGCCAUUCAGCUGUGCACAGACAGUGAAAAGCACUUUUUUACCUCAUUUGGUGCCAGAGAUCGAACAUACAUGAUGAUGUUUAGACUCUGGCAAAAUGCUCUCCUGGACAAGCCAUUAUGUCCCAAAGAGCUGUGGCAUUUUGUCCAUCAGUGUUAUGGGAAUGAGCUGGGUUUGACCAGUGACGAUGAAGAUUAUGUACCUCCUGAUGAUGACUUCAACACCAUGGGGUACUGUGAAGAGAUUCCCGUUGAAGACAAUGAAGCCAUCAACACCUGCCCCAAAACCCCUGAAGUUAAAAUAGACAUCAGCCCCCAGCUCCACAGGAAAGUGUUUCUAAAUUGCAGUCUCAAUUCCAUGGACAGCACAGAUGCACCAAUCAAUUUUGACGUGCCCCCAGUGGAAGAUUUUACAGAUUGUGUUCCAGAAGAUCUACCGCCCCUGCCUUUACCUGACAACAACAUGACAGAGACCAUUGGCACCGCCCCUUUCCCUGCCCCCUCCAUUGACUUCAAUGACAAUGAGGACCUGCCAACUGAACUCAGCGACUCCUCAGAAACACACGACGAGGCAGGGGAAGUGGAGGCCUUCCAGGAGGAUUUGAAUGGGAAGCUUUACAUUAAUGAGGUGUAUAAGUUUAGUGUGGAUAAAUUGCAUGACAUCCUAUUCACCGAAUCACAGUUCAUGAGGGACUUUCUGGAGCAGCGACGCUUCUCUGGUGUGGUUUAUCACCCCUGGAGGAAAGAGAAAACGGGUAAUCAGACCAGAGAGAUCAUGUACACCAUCUCCCUCUCCAACCCGAUGGCCCCGAAGACAGCCACAGUCACAGAGACACAGACUUUGCACAAUGCCAGUCAGGUGAGCGAGUGUUACAUCAUCGAUGCUGAAGUCAUUACUCACGAUGUCCCGUAUCACGAUUACUUUUACACGCUCAACCGUUACAUGCUCACUAGAGUCGCCAAGAACAAGUGCCGUCUGAGGGUAUCGGCAGAACUGCGGUUCAGGAAGCAACCGUGGGGAUUGGUCAAGGGCUUCAUAGAGAGAAACUUCUGGAGUGGCCUGGAUGAAUAUUUCAGAUAUUUAGAGUUGGAGUUGAGUAAGGUAGAACUGCUGUUUUCUGAACCUCACAAACAGUCUCCCAAAUCCAAAGCAUUACGCACAGCUACAGUGAGGCGACGGAAACGCCCCCUGAUGCACAUUAGGCAGCAGCACCUGGACGAGGCGCUCAGUCCCAUCACCACACCUGAGGACGGGAAGAGUGUCGUCCAUCGCAUCAAACACGUGGCAGGAUCCACGCAGACCAGACACAUCUCAGAACACAGAUCCGAAGGCCUGGCUCUCUACAGCGUUUCCAAACUUUUGCUCAUCAUUAGCUCUGUUCUGGUGCUGCUGGUAUUUUUAAAUAUGAUGCUGUUUUAUAAGCUCUGGAUGCUGGAGUACACAGCCCAGAGUUUGACCUCCUGGCAAGGUCUCAGGUCUCAUGAAAGUAAACUUCCGCAGACAAAAAUAGAAUGGGCCCAACUUUUGGACUCUCAGCAGCGUUACCAUGUAAACGAGCUGGAGAAAUGGAGGGAAAUAUUAAAGUCAUCUGUGCUGAUGUUAGAUGAGAUGAGAGAGUCUUUAAUGAAGCUACAGAAAGGUGCUGGAUUAAGAGACUACGAAUCUGAGAGUGAGGAGAAAAAAACACGCCAUCACUGACAAACAGAGUCCCGGCUCAGGAAACGUAAGGAACAUCUCCACUUGAAAGAGAUUUAAUGAUCUGGGCUGGAUAGGUUGGGACAAAUGAAGUGGGUGGCACCAACUUAAAUGCUCUCACCAUCUGGCUGCAAUACCAGGAAGUGUUGUCAGUCCUUUCUGACAGUUGACACAGAAACCCUGUGCUAUCAUCUGUCUUCUCUUUCUCGUUUUUUUCCAUCUUUUCUUACUGCAUUUUGCUGUCGGAUCAUGACGAUAAGCAAUCAUCACCCAGGGCUAAAACAAACCAACAAACCAAUACGAUUCAUCUACAAAACUGUCACAGACUGUCUGGUGUAAACAUUUGAAAGGCUAAAUGGGAUGUUUAAUGCAGCAGCAUCCCCUUUCUUAAAACCUUUGGAGUCUGGGACCAAAAAAUAUGGAGUUACUUGGACAUGUAUACAUUUAUUUAUUAAGAAAAUAUGGAAUUGAAGUAUUUAAUGAAUACACAUGAAAAUAUAAUAUUUGUAAGUAGAAGUAUAUUUGUUGCCAGAGUUAAUUUAUAACAGUCUUCCAUGGAGAAUCAAGGCUGGUUCCUUGAUAGCUUGCGCCAUGGUGCAUCAACUAUAUGCAGCUUACUUUUCCUCCUCUGUGUGGAGGAGUUACAUACUUUCCCUGAUUGAUUUGUAACAUUCACUUUUGUGAUUGAAUGACGGUAGAUUUAUUGACUGUGUCAUUGGCUGCAUUCCAAUUUUUCAUAGUUCUACUACACACUAAAAGUAUCUGCUUCACUGGUGAUGGCAGAUAAAGGGAUAGCUCACCCAAAAAUUAAAAUUCUGUCAUCAUUUAAUUACCAUGUUGUUCCAGACCUGUAUGAAUUACUUUCUUCUAGCUCAACCAAUAUUAUGAGCUUUGGGCAGGGCUAUCUUUUGGCCCAAUAAAUCGAAGACGGGUGGGAGUGUUUGGGUAAACUUUUUGGUAAAUUUGAAUAGUGACACUAGGUGCAGAAACUACACACAUUACUUUAAGGUUCAUACAUUUAAAAACUGCUUUGGUCUUGCGGUUCUUGUCAGUUUUCACCAAUUAAGAUAGAGAAGCAUCACAAACUCCUACUCUUCCAAAGGGACUAUAGGCAACAUUAGCCGCAAAAGGAUUCAUGAAUGCACACUUUGACACUCCACUAGAAAUAGUGCAUUUUUGGCAGGAUAUUUCCAAUGUAGUAUGAUUUUGGACAUACUAAUCCUUUUCUGGCAUACUAUUUAGAACAUAUAUUAUGCAAAUUGGGAUGCAGCCAUCAUGUUUUACAAGCCUGUGUUCAAACAAAUCUCUCAUGCUGUAACAGUUGUGGAGUAUCAUUGGUUAACUAUAAAAACUGCAGCAUCCAUUCACUUGUGAAUUAGUUAUUUUUACAUGAAUAUGUUUCAGUUAUAUCCUGCAGGCAGAUGUAAACAACUUCAUAUUGCCAAGCUUUUCAAAUGUGUUUUUAUUUUAAAGCCAUUUUAUGACUUUUGUCCCAUGUCUUAUGUUGUCUCUGUGUUUUGAUGGAGACGUUGAUGCUGAAUUAACUGUUGGAAAGGUGACAGACAAACAUCUAUCAUGUGAGAACAUACUAAAUGUGGUUUGGUCAGUUGCAAUGAAGCUGGACAGCAUUAUUGAUUCUUUCUUAAAGAGAGAUCAGCAAAUUGUUUUUUUGUUUUGUUGUUUUAAUACUGAACUGUGAAAAAUUCCAAUUAUGCUUGACUUUAAACUGAUCAGUAUUCAGAGCCUCUGGCUAAUAUAACUACAAUUGUUUUUAAUUGUUCAACUUACAUAAAAAGGUCAACAUAACCUUAACCUCUUGUGGUGCUACAAGCAAAGUUGUGUCUUCUUGUACGAAAACCCAAACACAAAAGCCCCAAAGAGUGUAAUUAUAACAAAAUCUCACACUCUUGGGCCUCUUGACACAUUGAGCUGUGGUGCUCAUGUAGGCAACACGGGUUCAAGUCCAGUUUCAAGUCCAUUUCUACCCUUCAUUUCUUGUGAUUCACUUAUUAUCUCUAUUUAUAAAAGUGGCAAAAUGGACAAAAAUAAAAGUAGAAAAUGUUUUUACUGGACUGGAUCUAUUGCUAAGUAAGAAUUUUACAAUCAAUUAAUGGUAAUCUGAUUUGUGUCUUCCAAUUAUUAAGUCUUCCACUUAUUAUGCUGAGUGUUCCAGUUUAUGAUUGGUGUAGAUUCCAAAAAUUCUGAAUUCUUGAAUUUGAUUUAUUCUGUUAGGGUGUCGACUGCCUCGUUAAUUUUUUGAUUGGCUCAUAAAUUAGUCUGUAACACUUUAAAAUAAGGUUCAGUUUGUUAACAUUAGUUAACAUGAACUUACAAUGAACAAUCAUUUUACAGUAUUUAAUAAUAUUAGUUAAUGUUAUUUUCAACAUAUAGUAAUAUUAACUCAAAAAUUUAUACAUGCAAAUAUUAUUCAAUGCUCUGUGAACUGACAUGAACUAACAAUGAUCAAUAUAUGUAUUACUGUAUUUAUUCAUGUUUGUUAAUAAAAAUACAAUUGUUCAUUGUUAGUUUAUGUAAACUGAUGUUGUUAACUAAUGGUAACAAAUGGAACCUAAUUGUAAAGUGUUAACAAUUAGGCUUCGCCAUGUUAAAAGGAAUGUGGAUAUACACAUUGAUAAAAACCUAAAAUCAUUUCUCGGAUGGACUGAUUUGAUGUGUCAGUCUUUCACUGGUGGGGUCACUCAAGGUCAUCCAGGUAACUGGAUCUUAAAGGAAUAUUCUGGGUUCAAUACAAGUUCAGCUCAAUCAACAGCAUUUGUGGCACAAUGAUGAAUACUUCAAAAAUUAAUUAUGACCCGUCUAUCCUUUUUCAACAACAAAUAAACGAGAUUACAGUGAGGCCCAAUGGAAGUGAAUGGGGCCAACUUUUGGAGGGUUUAGAGGCAGAAAUGUGAAUCUUAUAAUCCAAUAAAAGCACUCUUCUGUUAAAACUUGUGUAUUAUUUGAGCUGUAAAGUUGUUUGAGUCAUCACUUUUCCCGGGAUUACAGGAUUCAAUUCGCCAUGGCAAUGAAGUUUUAAAAUUGGAUAUAACUUUACGCAGAAAAGGUAAGCAAUUUUAUCACACUAAAGUUAUGUUAACACGCAUAUUGUUUAUAUCUUCUGGCUAUACUUUUGUGACAGUGAGUAUUUUAAAGAUUUCAGAUUGGCCUCAUUCACUUCCGUUGUAUACCUAUAUUUUUGCUUCUUUUAAAGAAAACGAGGGAAGAGUCGAAAUACAUUUUUGUGGUAAUGAACAUUAUAUCACAAAUGCUGUCGAUUGAGCAUAACUUGUACUGAACACGGAAUAUUCCUUUAAUCUUUGCAGGUCUUGUAUCCAUAUGUAAUAAAUAGGUAGAUAGGUUGUCACUCUCAUGUUGUUCCAAACUUGUAUGAUUUUCUUUCCUCUGUGGAAUUCAAAAUUAGAUUUUUGGCAGAAUUUUCAGUCACCAGUCACUUUCAUUGUAUUGAAUAAAAGAUGCAAAAAAAGAUUUUUGGUUUGGAGCAACAUGAGGUUAAGUAAAUGAUGACAAAAUUUCCUUUUGGGGUGGACUAUCCCUUUAAGAAUGGAUACUUGGUUACUUCAAGGGGGGGACAGAGAUGACCACCCACAAAAUAUCAACUGAGAUAAAUCAGAGAGCAUUUCCAGUCAUAGUACUCUCCUCUCAUUCAUACUUGUUAUUAAGUUUCAAUAGGGUUUAAUGACUCAAUGUAUUUUUCAUGAUGGUUCUGUUGCUUUUAAAAAACCAGUUCAGGAAGGGGAUUUCAGUUCAUGUGUCUCUCUACCUCCAUUUGUACAAUAUCAUUUGUAUAUUGUAUCAUUUGAUUAUCAUUGUAUCAUUGAGUGUGUAUGAAUCCAUACAUGGACCGCCUCUGUGUGAAUGUAUUUAUUUGGAUGUAAUCUGCUGAUUUUUAAAGCACUGGAGAGUUAGAGGGCAAAGAUCUUUUGAUGUCAAGCACUUGGAGGCCAAAAUGCAACAAUGGUGCAACACUGCACACCGUCAGGCCCUAAAAAUAGGCCUAUUAUUUUUCUGUACUGUAUACUAUGUGAAGAGACAGAAUGAUUUAUUUUCUAUGUCUGUGACUAAUGGUCCAGGCUUAUUGGAAAUGCAUUGAUUGUCUAAUUUUUAUUUUUUUAUUUCAUUAUGAUUUCUAAAUGAUUAAAAAUCAUGUCAAAUUCAGCAGCAACACACAACUGAACACACAGGAUUAGUUUGGUCUGUUUCCCAAAAAAUGUAAUCUUUUAAAAAAUUAUCAAAUUAAAUCAUAAAAUGUCUUUUAAGACGUUCACUAAACCAAUUCCAAAAAACAGAAACCCUGAAAGUUCAAUGUUUUUCUGUUAAUGGUUUUGUUACCAAGGAAAAUAUUUCUAUAUUGAGAACUCACAGACUUGAGUAAAGUUUAAGAUUAACAUUUAUUUGAUGAAUAUGAAAUGUAAUGUAAUAUCUCUCUUUGGUGUAAGCCCAGUCUGGCGGCUCAGAUCCUGCCGGAGAUAGGAGGCAGGGGCAAGUAGCCUACCCCCGUGCAGAACGGGACUCAACUGGUGGUGGUGGAGUGGUGGAGGUUGCUGUGUUGGCACACUGAAAAAGCUAUGUAAUAGAUUGUAGGCAGACUUAUAAAGUGAUGGCUUACAUAUGAUUGGCUAGGAGUUACCUUGCUAAUGGUGCGAUGAUGUACAGCUGUGAGUCUUCCCGCUAGAACUACGCUACGCUUACAUAUCUGGUACCCUCAAAAUUUUUAUGAAGUAGCUUCCAGCCUUGAAACAAAGUAAUUGUUGUUAAAGAACACAAUCAAAAUUUUUAAAUUAAAAAGGUUUAAGAACUAAAAAUUACAACAUUUUGAAAAUGUAUUGUAAUUUAAAUCAGUGAGUUUAAAAAUGUGUGUGGUUAAUUUUUUAUUUUUUUUUACUAAUUACAUUUCUCAAUUCAAAAUGUAAAUACACACAAGUAUACUGCAAUGUAUGUAUAUGUUGUGUACAGUGCACAUCCAACAUGCGCUGGCUGCACUGUAUGGGAUUCAUGGAAAACUUUCAGAUAAAAUAUAAUAACUACAUUUGUGUUGUCAAGAAAUAAGUAGAAUGAAUAAAAGUAUUUA